GGGCGGAGCCGGGCGCGGUGCGGCGGGCGGGCAUCGCGAGCCCACAGUCCCUUCGCGGAGCUACCCGAGGCCCAGGCGUGCGGGUCUGCGCUGCGCGUUGGGCGGGCACGGCAGAGAACAGAUACUGAUUGUUUUAGGAGGUACGGAAUACAUUAUGUGAUCGAGCACUUGUUUGCUCUUUCCAUAGACGUCUGAGAUCAUUUAAGAAUGAGGUUAAACACUUUGAGAUGAGGAAGGUUGAUCUCUGUUCGAGUACUGAGGGGACUGAAGUGAUUCUGGCUACCUCAAGUGAUGAGAAGCACCCACCUGAGAAUAUCAUCGAUGGGAAUCCAGAAACCUUUUGGACCACCACGGGUAUGUUUCCCCAGGAGUUCAUUAUUUGUUUUCACAAACACGUAAAGAUUGAAAAACUCGUGAUCCAAAGUUACUUAGUGCAAACCUUGAGGAUUGAAAAGACCACAUCUAAAGAGCCAUUCGAUUUUGAGCAGUGGGUUGAAAAAGAUUUGGUACAUACAGAGGGGCAGCUUCAAAAUGAAGAAAUUAUGGCACGAGAUGGCUACGCCACUUUCUUGAGAUUCAUUAUUGUUUCAGCCUUCGACCAUUUUGCAUCUGUUCAUAGCAUUUCUGCAGAGGGACUAACAGUCUCAAAUAUUUCUUAGUAAUUACAACAAAAUGCUCUGAACUACUCUAAAAAUAUAUUUAUAGAAACACAAAGUUAUCUUUGAUAUGUUUGCUAUUAAAGAGAUUUGUAUCA